AUGCCGCUCAAAGUGGCUGGUGACGCUGUGAUGGAGAGAGGCGCGCGCAGCGGUGAUCGCCCGUCAAAGUCAAGUUGCACGCGCCAGGCCCCGUCGGCUGAAUCGAUCGGAAAAAGCAAGCAUGCACCGCGCAGCGACCUGAAGAUCAAGAAGAAGGCACCGUGGGGGGAGCGGCAGCUACGCGACUCUUGGAGUGAGGACGCCAUGUCGAAGCGGGAUCGCGACAACAUGGACGAGCGGAUUCACCGCGAGUACCGCUACCACCCAGACGAGUUCCGCCGCGCCUACAUACGCUACACCGCAUUUCUCACCAUUCCAUGCAUUAUGCUUGGCAUGUCCGUCACGUACUACUACGAGACAGGCCGGCCGUUCUGGCAAGCCGACCUACAGCACUUGCUGAACCUCUUGCGUGUGAUGGACACCUCCCCUCGCAGCAAGCUCUACGCGUACAGGUCAGUCGACACGCAUGACGUGCCGGCUCACGUGCUGCGGCACCGCUCCGAGAACUUGUGGAAGCGGGAGUACGAGGAGCGCGUCUUUCGCUUGACUUGCUCGGCCUUCGAGAGACCUAGCACGGACGCCUUGCGGCUGAUGGAGCUGGAGGGGAAUCUAACGACAAGUGAAGCAGCGGCUGAGGGUGCGGCGCUUGCAGACGCGGCAAUAGCGUAG